AUGAAAUGUCGUGCUCAGCAUCACCAAGUCGCUGGAGGUCUACGAAAACAGCAGUGCACUUUUGAAAAUUACGAUUUUGCAACUAUGGACAGCGAAGGAUACAUGUUUGUUAAUCCACAUUGGACGAGGUCGAAGAACAGUUCCGAUGUGGAUUGCAAAAUUAUUUUUCUGGAGCCAGCGCGGAAUAAUGAAACGAACAGAUGGAAAGACGGAAUCAAGGAGUCCGUCGAAGCAGAGGUACUCAAAAACCAAAGGUUUCUCGCCAAUGGGGAAGCGUUCUACGUACGCUGCUAUGAAAAGGAAUUAAUGGUCUAUGAGCAAGUGUAUCCUGGAAUGAGAGAUCUGAAGAAGGAGCGCUACAAGGUAAUUUUAUUAGAAAGUUUUUUUUUGAAUCAGUCAAUCGACUGA